CCUCUACGAACCUCGCUGUCUUCCCUCCGUAGUGAGCAGAGUAAUGGUAUAGUACUUCGUGACAGCCUGUCUGACAGCCCUGCCGGUACACGUGGUGGCUUUGUACUCAACUUCCACUCAGACGGAGAAGGUUCAGAGAAGAAAAAGGGUCUUUUUCGCCGUGGUUCCCUCUUUGGGAGCCUUCAGCGACUGCGCAAAUCUGACUCACGAUCGUCAAUUUCCAGUAAACGCAGCUCAGCACACAGCGACACAAACAUGAGCCGCAUCAGUUCUAGUGACGCCAAUUCCACCAUCAGCUUUGGAGACGGAGACACAGGCGAUGAUUACCUGCCUCUGGAGGACUACGUGGAUGCCACCACCACCGAGGCCUACAUGGGUGAGUGGAAGAACGACAAGCGCAGUGGAUUUGGUGUCUCAGAGCGCUCCAACGGCAUGAAGUACGAAGGCGAGUGGUUGAACAAUAAGCGCCAUGGCUACGGCUGCACUCUGUUCCCUGAUGGAUCCAAAGAAGAAGGGAAGUACAAGAACAACGUUCUGGCCCGAGGCCUCAAGAAGCAGCUGAUCCCGCUGAGGAACGCCAAGACCAAACAGAAGGUGGAUCGAGCCAUCGAGGGAGCAGUGAGAGCGGCAGCUAUCGCCAAAACCAAAGUCGAGAUUGCCAUCUCCAG